CGCGUGCGCGUGUGUAUUCGCCGUCUGAGGUCAUCCGCGGGGAAGGAGAGGACGCAUGCAUACGCAUGUAUGUAAGCAGUCAUCCCUCACUCACUCGUUCGCUCGCUCGCGAUCUCGCCUAUGUGGUUUCUUUCCAUACAUAGAUAGAUAGAUUGAGGGGUAGAUUGGACAGAUGUACUAGGAAAGGGGAAGGGAAAGGGGAAAGGGGGAGAUAGGGAGGCAAUGACUGAAAUACUCAUCAUUGUUCUAUUUUCUCUCCCGCUGGGUAUGACUGCAUUUCGAGAUGGUCUUCUGGUCAUUUUCAGCUCACGGGUUUCCCUUCCCGGUGCGUGCUGUCGUACGGUGCGGUGCGGUGCGGUACGGCGUGUUGGGGUACGGGACUUCACUGUGCCGUUCGAUUGCGCAUCCGAUAUCCAGAUCUUGGGUGAGAAAUGUGCUGUGCUGUGCUGCGGUGCGGCGUAUGUGUGUGUACGUAUGAUUCGCUCUGCGUGCUUACUGGAAGAACAUGUGUUCCGUCCUUCGAUCGAUAAAGAGCUUACUUUUAGUUUCUUUUCUGGCCAGAGAUCCUUCUGGCGCUGGAGGGUUGGGGGUGGUCUGUUUGGUAGGUAUAUAAAUGGCUACGCAACGUGCGGCGAGGGGUAAGGCGAGGCUGGGGAGUGGGUGUGGAGGUUCGUAAGCUGUGCGUGUGAUGGUGUGGAGUUCUGAAUUAUUGGAUUGUGGGUUAUGUCUUAGG